CGCGGGGCGCGGCGGCUGCCGAAGAUGCGCUGGCAGCCGGGGCUGCGCGGCGCUCCGCCGCGGCCGCCCUACGCGGAGGAAAAGAAGAAGAAGAAGGAGGAAGAAGAAGGAGAAGGAGGAGGAGGUGCGGAGUAGCCGCUGCCAUGAGCUGCUCGGACGUGGCCAUGCAGCAGCCCGUCCCGGCGGCGUGCGGGGCGCCCCGCUACCCGGCAGCGCCCGCCGCGGGGUGCGCGCAGAAGAAGUUAGCAGUAUACCACAAGAUGCAGGAGUCUCUGGAAGUGACCCUUCCCAGCAAGCAAGAGGAGGAUGAGAAAGACCAGCCUGCCGAGAUGGAGUACCUUAACUCUCGCUGCGUCCUUUUCACUUACUUCCAGGGAGACAUUGGUUCAGUAGUGGAUGAACACUUCUCAAGAGCUUUAAGCCAAGCCAGUAGCUUCAAUCCAGAAACCGCCCUUACCAAAAGCAAGGCAGGGCUAAGUCCUCUGUGGAGAGAAAGUUCAACAAUUUCAAGCCAAAGGAGCAGUUUUCCGACUUCAUUUUGGACCAGCUCUUAUCAGCCUCCACCUCCACCAUGUUUAAGUGGAGUACACCCCGAUUUCCCUGUUACUGCACCAGGCACCUUCCCAACACCAGAUCCCAGCAGCUGGCCAGGACAUGGCCUUCAUCAGACUGCCCCACCUCCUCCCCCUGCUGCAUCUGAAUCUUGGCAUUAUCCUUUAGCAUCUCAGGUGAGCCCUUCAUAUGCACACAUGCAUGACGUGUACAUGCAUCACCAUCACCCUCAUCCACACAUGCACCAUCACCAUCCCAGCUCGCACCGUGACCCCCGGUAUGGGUCCCUGCUGAUGCCUUCAGUCCGCACAGCCAGGAUUCCUGCUCCACAGUGUGACGUGACAAAGACAGAUCCUGCCGCUGUCACCAGCGCUACCUCAGCAUGGGCUGGAGCCUUUCACGGAACAGUGGACAUAGUGCCAAGUUUUGGGUUUGACACAGGUCUACAGCAUCAGGACAAGAGCAAGGAAGCUUCUUGGUUCUGAAGUUCAAUUAAAUUAAGACCAGCUAGAGAUGGAGUCAGUCCAGCUGGGCAGGCAAUCUAACAGCCAUUGACUCUCCUGCAUGGGGCAAAGGACACACAUGAAGAUGAAGAGCCAACCAUUCUGAUUUUGCUAUUGAGCCUUUUGUUUGUAAGGCCAUUUAUGGUUCCCACAGUGUUGGAAGAAAACAAAAAAACUAACUUUCCUUUCUUUCCUCAUCUGAGCCUGAUGCAGCUGGGCAAGCUAACUCCUUUCUGCUCCUUUAACAGUGUUUUAUUUUGUUCGGCUUGAUAUUUUUAUGAACAGUCUCAAUUGUCAGGAAAAAGACUCUCCCUUGAUUACAGUGCGCCUCCUUUCAGGAAUACAGUAUUUUGUAGCUCUUUGUGCAUCUAUUUUUGUAGAAAUACAGAAAGUUUGGGUAAGGAUUGAUGGGCUAUUUUAGGAUGACAUAUUUUUUUAAAAAAAAUUGUAAAAUUCUUAAGUUCUGUUUAAAGAACUUGCUCUCAGAGAAGCACUGGCAAAAAUGUAUAAAAUGCUAUUUUUAGAUGUCUGUGAUGUGUUUGUGCAUUUUGGUUUUUUUGUUUGUUACCUCAAAUGUCUCUUUCCUCUCUUUUUAAAGAGCUAAAUGUUCCUUGUUUCCACAUUACUAGAUUUCAAUGUUUUUGUCCUUUUUUUUUUUUCUUUCUCCUAGAUUAAGCAAGUGUAACUCGCACCUAAAGUUUCAGCUAAGUAUUUUCCCUGCUGAUGUUAGAUUGUAGUAAGGGUAUUUUCUUGCUUCUAAAGAUGGCUUUGUGCUGUGCUGAUUGUCAGAAACUCGCAAACACCUUUAGCAUGGAGCAAAGCUUGGGGUUACAGGAACUGCAUUUCCAACCUAUCCAUUCUUUCAAAAUGGACCAAAUACUCUUCCAGAUUUUAGUCAGACCUGGGUCUGGGGCCUCAUCCACAAUCCACUGAAACUGUUGAACGCAGUCUUCUGUGGGUGAUGUUUCAGGCCCUCAUAGUGUUCAUGAAUAUCAGUGUAUUCUUAAUUUUAACUCACAAGGCAGGACUUCAUCCAAGCCAUUUCAACAGUGGUAACUUAUAACAUCAAUUUUCAGGAGAGAAAUGUCAAUUAAGUGUGUGGCUUGUGGUAACAAGAUCUUUUCACUUGGCCUGAUCUGUCUAUUGAGCACCUCAAGGAAAGUGCUGAAUUUUUCAACUCCUCUUAACUUCAAAAUCUGUUUUUCUAGCAUAAGAUUUGCUGUGGGCCCUGUGAGACACCAACUGCAGUGCCUUGAAUUUUGUAAGAAAUUGGAUGUGCUCAGCAUGCACAAAUUCAGGCUUAACUGUUGUUCUUGGUAAGAAUCUGAGUGUGGAAACAAUGUGGCCAUGUCUAGCCACAGCACUCUGCAAGAUGUUUGGGAAACCCCAUUUCUAGCCUGGACCUUGGGUCUGACUUCCAUAAUAAGGACUUUAAUUGAAGCUGAGGUGAGAAUGAUCCAAUCCUGAAUAACAGCGGCAAGAUGACACUUGGCAGCCCCAGUCCUGUGAUGGGCUGGAGCUAGGUUGGCCACCAUACCCAGCCCUAAGGACUCCAGUGUGAGUGUCAGCAUGUACUUAGGUGGGACUGAGUGCAGGAUCAGGGCAUGCAUUGCCAGACCCUAACUAGUGCUUGGAAAUGUUGGCUUUCUGCUCUGUGCACCUAAAGUUGAUCCAUAUAUUUCCCAAGGCUCUCAUAACCUAUUAUAUUUUUGUUGCCACUGUUUUCAGACAUCAGUGUCUGAAAUUCAAACCAGCUAAGUGGAAACCAAAACACAAACACAUGGCUGAAAUAAGAACGAGUUUAAUUUUAAGGCAAUGAGCAUUGUAAAUGGAGAUUUGUCAGGUGGAGACCACCUGGAUCUGCGUGUGAGAGGGGAGGAGUGUUGGGAUGUGCGUGCCGCUCUGAGGUUCAAGUCAGCCUCCCUGCAUUGCUUUUUCUCUUCAGGCUUUUUGAACUUGAUCAUGUGAGGUGUUGAGUGUUCUCCCUCGCUGUGUGAGAGAGCCUGACAUACUGGCACUGGAGGCAUUAGGAUUAUGUCACAAUUUGGCAAGGCUCUUGAGUGUAUAGCUCACUGAUUUGAAGUUUGAGGUAGCAUAAAAGUGCUGAAUGCACUAUGCCUAAGUAUUUAAAAUAGUAGGAUUGUAGUUUGUAUUGGGAUGCUGAAUUAAAUGUGAUUUUUUUUUCCCCCUCAUUUUUAUAGUCCAUCAGCAUUUCUUUCUUAUAAUAAAUUUCACUCUCAUGACAGUUCUAUAUAUUGUUGCUGCUCUGGUGCAGCUAGAUACUCAAUUUAUCAAUGAAUUCAUAACAUAAUGGGAAUACUAUAUAGGAGAGGAUGUAGUAAUAGCUGCCAUGGUUCACUUUCUUAUCAGGAUGGUAUAUUUCAGGAAAUACCUUAAGAAUAAGAGUUCUAACUUAGGAAUUCUGAUGGUAUGAGGAAUACUGGAAGGAAAAAACAUCCAAGCUUUUUUUUUAAAUUUUUUUUUUUUUUUUCUGUUGGAGUUGGCAAAGCUGGACAGCAAACAGGCAAUGUGUCCUCUUUGAUCUUCAGGGCUGAAGGGUUUGGGUGGUGGGAGGAGCAAAAGAAAAGACAAAAUUUCUUUUUGAGGUGGAGUGUGUUUAACUUCCUGAAAUACUUUGAUGUUUAACACGAACAGUCAGUUCAUUGCCUUCCUCUUUACAAGUUCAGAUAAUGAGGGAUCUCUUCCUAUUCCCUGUAGAUGUCAAAGAAGAAUGGGACAGGAAAAAACAGGCCUACAGUUUGCACUGGACUCAGUUUCUGGAUUGUUUUAUUGAGCUGAUAGCUGUUGGGGAUGAACAUGUGGUGAAGCUAUUGGCUCUUCCACCUCAAGGACUACUGUUAUGUGCCUAGUUUCCACUGAUGAACCUGUGAGUGUGCUGAAGGAACUUCUUUUGCUCUACAGGCUCUGGAAGAUGUGUCAAUAAAGAUCUGCUGUCAUCUAUAGCUAUUUGUCUGCUGGUCAGCUGACUUGGAAAAUCAAAUAAAUUCUUUUUUAAUUUUCCUUAGUCACUAACCAUCCCCUGAACUAACAAGAGUUGAAAGUAAAAACACAAGUGCAUAUCAGUAGCCCUACUUCUAUGUUCCACAUAUUGAAGGACAGGAAGGAGAAAAUCCUUCCCUGUGAGAAACUUUUAAGUUAAAUUCAACAGAUUUACUUCUCUCUCUCAUACACACAUGCUUAUACACACACGCAUAUAUAUGCUUAUGAGAAGCAGAUGCUGUGGUGCUUUUGUUGAAAGAGGAGGGGAGUACUUGCUUGCAACGUUGCAGUUAUGGGGAAUUGAUGGCAGUGAGAAAGAAACAGAUUUCUUGAAACUGCUCAUGUUUCUGCAUGUAGGAAAAAAAGGCCCUUAAAAUCAGGUCACAGAUAAGUUAUGUGUCUUAAGACAUUACUAAAGGAGUUGUUUAAUUCUUUCUGUUUGUGGUGAGUUCUGAUACUGUCCCAAGAAAUUAGAUGAUUCAUUUUGUGAGGACGUAUAGAACAUAAUGUAUUCUGUCACUAUUUCUGGGAGAACAUAGGAAAAUUACUGUUUAAUUUAAAGAAAAACUAUACUAAACUCCUGAAUGUUGUCCAGGGUUUGAUUUUAUUCCUGUCAAUAUUAAGAAAUCUGCUGUCAAUUUUUGUGUCCUCAUUUGAAGAGUAGGAGGGUUCAAGCUAUCCACCAGGUUUUUGAAAAGCAGCUGCCAGUUUGUUUCAGCUGGGUAUUUUCAUCCCAAUAAGAUGAUGGAAUAGUGCAGCUGCUGACCACCCAGCAGAUUUGAUUUCUGGGGAACUGAAUAAGCUGUGCUUAGCGGUAGUAAAAUGCACUUUGUUCUGAUUACUUUCCUCACCAGACACAAAUUCAGCUAUCAGUUUGUCUGAUACCUCUUUCAUAGCGUGAAGGUCUUCAGUGAAUGGCAGUUUUCUCUGUCACCUACUUCUGCUUCAGAACAUGCUUUCAAGGAUGAAAACCUCAUCAUAGCUUUCAGAGAGAGCAGAGGUUGCAGGAUAGGAGCAUCACGUUUACCACCACCUGCACUUAGGAUUAACUUGCCUGUACUGACCCUUUCUGGUUAUUGGUUAUUGCAUAUGUCUUGCUCUCUUUCCACAAUUCUCUGUGUAUAUGUGUGUAAAUAUAUAUACACAUAUAUACAUACAUGUAUAGUAAUACCUGGUUCCCUCUAUUUGACCCUCGUGCUUCAAAUGUAUGUCCUUUGGAAAUGAAGUGAAUGACAUCACUAAAUCUCGACUGAGACAAUGUAGGCAUUUAAUUGCAUUCUUUGUAACCUCAGGAGUGAAUGGAAGUUUUGUAUUUGUAAAAACGAAAACACCAACAGGAAACCCAACUAAAAAGAAAAAACCUUUUUGUUUUAUCUGUAAAGAUGACUAUGGAGUCAGCAGAGUUAUAUAGAGAGGUGCAAUAUAUUGCCUUUCAGCAGACAAGCAUAUAUUUUUAAUAUGAUUCUUCUAACUAAUUUCAGGUACAAGCUUUUUCUCCAUAUCAGUGGACCAGCAAAAUAUAUUUCUUAUAUGCAUUUUAGAAAUACAUAUAUUUUAAAAAUUGACUUCUUGGCUUUAAUAUGUCAGCCUUUGAGCUUUUAAAGAGUAUUUGGUAAAUAUUGAUUGUGUGUGGAUUUUUAAACAAAGUUGAUGCGUAUUCUUUGGAACAGAAAUCUCAAGCAGGAAGGUAUUUAAAAAUAAAUACUGCUUUGACAUAUUAGCUCCAUUGGCUCAAUCUGAGAGUUGUGAUGCCGGAAGAUGUCUCUUUAAAGACUAAGGGACUCUUGACUGAGCAAAGUCAAAUGAGAGUCUCUACAAGAGGCAGGAGCAGUCUUCUUGCAAAGAUUUGAGCUGGUAGAGCUAUGACCAGAAAUGAUCCUCUGUGGCAUUGUAUGUAGAUGCUUGGGCAGCCACUUCUCAACCUAUUAAAAUCAGGCUGUGGUGGCAGGUUUGUAUUUGCCCUGUCUUAUAGGGUGAACUGAUUUCCAAGGGAAUUGGAGGUGUCCCUGGAAACCUGUGGUUUAGGUGCCCUAGGUCUGCACGAUACCAAUCGCGCUCUCCCUGUUCUUGUACUGUGGUCUCCGUGACACCACAGUGUGACCUGUGAAAGCUGGGCUGAAGUUCCCCAUAAAAUGCAGGAUGUUUUUAGUUUCAAAGAAAGAUAGUUUAGGGAUGGCGGUUAUUAAAGCAUAACAGUUAUCUCAUGUACCUGCCCAGUGGUUCAAGCCUUCAGGAUGCAUCAACUGUGCAUCAUUGAUGAUGGCUCUUUGCAUACGGAGCCCAAAUACUGCUUCCUCCCCUUAGUGUUUUUGGAAAGCUUUGAUGGCGUUGAGAUCAUUGGCACCAGCCUCAUAUGCCUGAAUUGCAGUCCAGUGUUGGAUGGCACAGCAUGGUUGCUUGAGGUCUGAUCGAACAUUGGUGGACAUCAGCUGGAAUCAGUAUUGAUUCCAGUGAGUGUGGGCUCAGGUAACUAGUACCUGUAGACAACUGAUAUUUAUAGCAGUUGUGGUUUACAGUAAUCUAGUAAAGUAUCUGCAGAACUAUACUGCACUUUCCCUGCUAGCUGUUUGUAGCUGUUGUAUAAAACCAUCAGUUGAAUCAGGGUCCUUCUCUUUCCCCAACUUGUUUUCCAACCCUGCUUCCCUCAAAACUCCAUUGAACUUUUUUGCCCUUCUCAUCAAAACUGAUUUGGGGGGGAUGUUUGUAUGAAGAAAAGUGUCACUGUUUUAAUUACUGAAUAAAUAAUUUAAUGUGAAUUUUACUGUUGUAUUUUUUAUGUAGCAUUUUUGUUUGGUCUGUAUUUCUCAACAAUUUGCUAAUGCUUUCUUUUUAUUCUUAUGCAACUGAAGAACUCAUAAAUCUCUUUGUAAGUUGCCGCAUCCUGAGUUUCUAUUUUUUGUCAAGAGAUUAAUUUUUGGAGCAAGAGUUUAUCUUCUAUUGAGAACGUUUUAAAGCAAGUAUUCUGAACUGUUUUUCUGCUAAAAUUAGAUGGAGUGA